AUGCAGGGGUGGGCUGGGCUAGGCCGGGAAUGCAUCAGGGCAGGGCUAUUUAAGUCAGACUGAGGGCUGCCUGACAGCCCCAGCAGCCUGUCCUGUGAACCACCAGCAUGGAUGACAUCUACAAAGCUGCGGUAGAGCAGCUGACAGAAGAGCAGAAAAAUGAGUUCAAGGCAGCCUUUGACAUCUUUGUGCUGGGCGCUGAGGAUGGCUGUAUCAGCACCAAGGAGCUGGGCAAGGUGAUGAGGAUGCUGGGCCAGAACCCUACACCAGAGGAGCUACAGGAGAUGAUCGAUGAAGUGGACGAGGAUGGCAGCGGUACAGUGGACUUUGAUGAGUUCCUGGUCAUGAUGGUUCGGUGCAUGAAGGAUGACAGCAAAGGGAAGUCUGAGGAGGAGCUUUCUGACCUCUUCCGAAUGUUUGACAAAAAUGCUGAUGGCUACAUCGACCUGGAUGAGCUAAAGAUGAUGCUGCAAGCUACAGGCGAGACCAUCACAGAGGACGACAUCGAGGAGCUCAUGAAGGACGGAGACAAGAACAAUGAUGGCCGCAUCGACUAUGACGAGUUCCUGGAGUUCAUGAAGGGUGUGGAGUAGAUACUCACCUUGCCAGAGCUUCCCAUGCCUACCUUCCAACUUCAGCCAGGCCCGGGUGGUAGGCUGGAGACCAGGGGCCCCAGAACCUGAGCCUGUGCAUAGCCUCUACCUCUGGCCCUCCCUAACUUCCUCCCAGCCUUGUCCUGGAGAAUGCAAUAAAGCCUUGCUCCCUGGA